GCAGAAGCCUGCAUCUGCCUGGGUGUUUACCCACACCUAACGAUAUCACAUUUGGAUAUAAAUCCGGUAUAUUGUCUCAUAUCCUCUUCAAUGCGGCGGUAUCGCAUAAUCCAAAUUGCACUGCUGUCCUCUCGGGGCAUCUCUACCAAACUUGUCCCGAUCGCCCAGUGUAGAAACAUGGCCUCCUUACCGGGCCAAUGCCCCGGAAUUGAUCAGCUGCAUAGCGCACCGUCUCAAGAGGGCCUUCAUCGGGUGCGACUACGGCAGGUCGAGGAUGCUGAGCGGACGUUCGAUGCCUUGUUGUCAAUCCUGCGACAGCCGGCCCUUGGCCAGUACGUUCGCCAUGUGGAGAUGGAUCGUUCUUUGUCCGAUUGUCGAGUUGAGCCGCCGGCCCUAAUUUCCACAAGAAAGGUCAAUGACGAUGAUCGACACUUACUACAGCGUGCAGUGCGCGAUGCAGGAUUUACCGGGAAACAGUAUGAUAUGAUGAUGGAUAUAGUGACAAAGAAACCACGGGAAUAUAAGUGAGCAGAUGAAUCCUGUGCCAAGUUACGAUGCCUGUAGUACUUAUUCUUAGAUACAGGGGGUGCGACAAUAGCGCUACCGAGGAUCUGAUGCAUCUGUCACAGGCCCUGGCGGCUCUGGUUAUCUCUGUAUCGCCGAAUCUGGAGUCGUUCUCCUUCCCGGAAAUCAGUACCGAGUUCGAGUCAGAGAGUGAAUGUUAUCUGAUGCUGCAGGCGUUCCUGGAGAGAGCGAAUGUCAGUCCGAGUGGUUUGCCAUAUCUACAGAAAUUACGGACAAUUCGUUGUCUAAGUAAUAAAGCCAUGAUCUUAAGCGAUGAGCGAUUCUACGAGAACUAUAAUCUAGCUCGGAACCUUAAGUUAGUCGGCAACUUGCCUGCGAUUGAGACGAUCAGCGUGGACGCCAUCGAAGACCGGGAAGAAGAGAUUGAGCUCGAACCACGAUCCACUAACUUCAAGAAAGUGCGCAUCCACCAUUCGAACUACUCGAGUAUGAGCCUGGCUGAGAUUAUCAGGUCGUGCAGGAGGCUCGAAGAGUUUUCGUACUCCAUCGGGGGGAGAAGCUCGGGCGACGACAGUCACCCUAUAUUCCAAGAAAGGCAUUUGCUGGACGCAUUGUUAUGGCACACCAAGUCUCUCCAGGUCCUCGAACUGGAUGCGGAUGAAGAGUUCUGGGACGAGCGACCUGCGCAUAUGCAAGACUACGAAUAUACGGUCGAUCCUGACCCAGACUAUGCGAACUCCACCGAACCACUCCCUACAUCACUCCAAGACUUUACAGCCAUGAGGCGGCUCAGUAUUGGCGUUAAGCUCUUGAUCGCCCUGGCACGUGCCAGCGCUCGGAAGAACGAUCCACAGGAAGCUUCCUUCUCUUUAGUGGAUAUGCUGCCACCGAACCUAGAGUACCUAUGCAUCAAAGGAUAUGCUGCUGGGGCAAAUCCAAAGUAUGAUGUCCAAGUUUCGUUGCUCAUGGAGAACCGGCAAAAGCUACCAUCGCUGAACGAGAUCUCUGGUGUAGACGUAUGCAUCCCAAAUGCAAAAUCAGUGACAGAUCCCGAUAACAACCCUCACCUAUUAUGGGAAGAUCCUGAUAGUCUAAUGAACUACUAGCGAUGUCUACUAUGCCGCUGGAAAGAUAUAUAUUAGUUAUUUCAACUACUUUAGACUACCUGUUAAAGGCUGUUCAUGCCCAAACCCUCAUCAACCCGCUCCAGGUCGGAGCCCUCCGCGGGUGGUCGGACACGACGAUCCAGUCACAGUCCAUUGCAGCGGCGGGAAUGAGCUCCCUGGC